UGUCUUGGCAGCUGGAAAAAUAGAAGGUUUUAAGCAGCCCUGCUUCAGGGCAGAAGAUGAGCAUGAGGUGGUGAAGGAAGCUGGGGCUUGUUCUUUUUGAGUGCCCACCAUCCUUCGUUUACUUUAUGUGCUACGAGGUAAUCCCAGCACAGUAGAGGGAAAGUUUAUGAGUUGAGGGAGAAGGUGAAUGUGGCAAAUUUAGGGCUCUGAUCUCACUGAAGUCAUGAACCUGGUGCUAACUUGCAGCUCAGGAACCAUGCUGUAGGGCUGCUGUGGUUGAUCGCUAAUGGACAUUUAGAGAUGCAGCAGAAGAUAAGUAGGCAUAAACAUAAAUAAGCUCCCCUCCCUCUACCAUCGCUAUCAUGUUGCAGAGGUUGCCCCAUGAGGUUUUGUACCUGUGCUUACCCUCACCCCACCGCAAUGGCAGUAGGGUGAUUGCCAGCACAACACAGGGCACCUGCUGAUCAUUUUUUGUUGUUCUUGCUGCACUAGAAAGGUAGCAGCAACAGGCUUGUGCAGGCAUGAAAGCUCUGGUCAAAGAUUAGUUUGUCACCACAGGCCAGGAGGCACCCAGGAGACAUAGGGAGGACGUGGCUGCUGGAGCCCCUCAUCUGCCCUGGGCAGAAGUCCGAUGCGUGCGUGUCUCUGUGCUUGGGAGCGUGGGAGCAGGAGCAGGUAAAAUAAGCUUCUACAGACAUUUUGCAAAUAAAUGCCACCUCCCCCUUCUGCAAGAUCACCUGCUGGGCUUUGCUACACUGGUUUCACUGGCAUCACAUGAGCAGGAAGAGCCAACUCUGCCAGGAGAGUUGUAUUUUUGACGUUACCGAAAUGCCCUGGGAGCGCGCCUCGCCACAGCCUCCGGUGCAGAGGCCGUCGCUGCUUCCCGCGUCCCAGCCCCGAGGAGCCCAAACAGGCGCUGCCAGCGUAUCUUGACUCGAGUCCCAUGACAGAGCACCGGAUCCAGCAAACCAGAGCUGAGCGGUUGCCUGUUCCCUCAAUUAGGAAGGCUUCCUGACUUUUGUUUAAUCCCUCGCUUAUUAAUGGCGCUCACCUCUUUGAUCAAAGACUUGCACUGAUUUCAAUUAGGGUUGAGCAAGAACCCAGUGACAGGAAAGGCUGUAUCAGGAGGAGCAGCUGCUGUGCCCCGAAGGGUUUCUUCAGCCUCGUGACCAAAAUCUAUAGUCAUAGGUGAAGCGUAUUUAUUCCCAACCAAGCUGGAGAAAACUCAAGUAAUCCUUUGCUGGCAAAAUAGCUCUGCUGAAAUAAAAGCAGGCGGCACUGACUGCCCGGGGAGCUCCGGUUCUUCCCAUUUUGAGCACUGGGGAGGGACCAGGCCCUUCCUACCAAAGGGCGAAGCCACGAGAAGAUAAGCCUUGGCUUCACUUUUGGAUAACGCUGUCGAGUGGGAUAUUGCUGGGCUCUCUUCUUCUCAGACCAUGUCCUCCUCCAUCAAAAUCGAAUCCGUCGUGAAGGAGAAGAACAGGAUGGGAGAGUGCCCGGUCUGGGAAGAAAGGGAGAGCGCACUCGUCUAUGUAGACAUUAACUCACAGAAAGUUUGCCGCUGGAGCCCACUCACCAACGAGGUGCAGAGCGUGUCUGUGGAUGCCCGCGUCGGCUCGGUGGCACUGCGGCAGUGCGGGGGCUAUGUCAUCGCCCUGGGGACCAGGUUUGCCUUUCUGGACUGGGACACCCAGGCGGUCACCACCAUCCUCGAGCUUGAGCAGAAUAAACCCAACAACAGGUUCAAUGACGGGAAAGUGGAUCCAAAGGGGAGGUUUUUUGCUGGUACGAUGGCUGAAGAGACGGCACCGGGGGUCCGAGCGAGGCGGCAAGGCGCUCUCUAUACCCUUUUCCCUGACCGUUCAGUAAUAAAACAGUUAGACCAGGUGGACAUCUCCAAUGGUCUGGAUUGGUCCCUGGACCACAGGACCUUCUUCCACAUCGACAGCCUGGCAUAUGCUGUGCACGCCUUCAGCUAUGAUGUGCACACUGGAAAGAUUGCCUGCCCCAAGCUUUUGUACCAUCUAGAAAAGGAGGAGCAAAUGCCCGACGGGAUGUGCAUAGACGCAGAAGGGAAGCUCUGGGUGGCCUGUAUUGAUGGUGGGAGAGUCAUUCGUAUAGACCCAGAGACAGGAAAAAGAAUCCAAACUGUGAGGCUGCCUACUCCGAGGAUCACCUCGUGCUGCUUUGGUGGAAAAGACUACUCAGAAAUGUACGUGACUUCUGCAUACGAUGGACUGGACGAGACCACCUUAGCCAAGGAACCUCAUGCAGGAGAGAUUUUCAAGAUAACAGGCCUGGGUGUGAAAGGGAUCCCACAGAAUUUCUAUGCUGCUUGAACAUUGACGCUAAAUAACAAAGAAAUGCUUGCAUCUUGUAGUAACUCUGACAAGGACGAGUCCAAUGAACUACAGAAUUUAGCGGUGGGAGGAUUUCUAAACCCACAUUUGAGAGCAUGCUUAUUUGGAAUGGAAGAUAUUCCUUCUUCUGUGGGCCUGUGGCUUGAUGCAAUAGGUUAGAGAGGUAAAGUUAAUCUGUGUUACACCUUGAUAGCUUUUGUGACUUUCCAUAAACCUCUUCAAGCUUGAGCUUAGUUUUGUUGAACUUUCGGAUGACCAGCUCUGAAUUUUCAAGUCUGUGUGGUUCCCGAAGCAGAAUCUGACUCCUGCUUUGUCUUGUCAUGUUACAGUGAAGUACCAGCAAUGAUAUGGCAGAUUUUAAUAAACAUUUUAAGAGUGGUGACUUGAA